CGAUGGGAAGCACAACGGCCAUAAGCAUUAGCCAUCUUCCCACCUCGUCGUUUUCGGAGCAGAUGAUAUUGAUCAAUCGAUCGGUUCUCCCCGCUCUAUAGGCAGCCAUGCUGUCUUCCUCACCUCUGAAAAGGUCGGCGCCCUCGGCAUCGCUACUUCGGUUCCUACGCUACCAGUCCGACUCGCUGUGUACCUCACCCUCCUCGUCGACGUGUACGGGUUUGCAUAGACCGAUUCCGCAAUCGACACGCCAGUUGUCCUCAUGUUCGUUGGUAGUACGUGAUCCGUCUAGUUGGUCACGUCUGGAUACGACGACAACCCCGGGGGCUACAACCUCUACCGUUCUGCCCAGUCGCCUGAAUGUACAGUGUUUGGCGGCGACAAACCCCCGAACAAUACGUUCUAUACAGCAGUGUCGAAAUGCAUCGACUCGGCAGCGUCCCCUUCUUCGGCGGAUCUUCGACCUGCGAUCCAACAAGAGCGCGGCGAAAGACGUCAAUCAGCGUAAAUCAGCGGGCCCGACACUUAUUGACGACGGACUGGAUGGGAGUCUUUUCAGCGCUGGACGAGGUAGCUUAGCAGCCAAGGCAUUGAAUGAGCCGCGGCUACGAUGCACGGAAUUCGAUAACAAUGGGAAUGUGACGUUGGUUAAUGGGGAGUUUAGGAAGAGCGAACUCAUCGCAAAGUAUGGACUACUCCCUCGGGAUCUCCGCAAGAUUGAUUCUUUUACUUUACCGCAUAUUCUCGUGCGUCCCAGCGCGAUUCUGAUCAACCUGCUGCACCUCCGCGUCCUUAUCAAGGCGGACCGCGUGCUGGUCUUCGAUGCGUACGGAUCCACCGACUCGUACAUGCAAUCUCUAUUCAUCUAUGAUCUGGAGGGGAAACUACGGCAGAAACAGCAAGGGGCCGGUGCGCUGCCCUACGAGCUCCGAGCGCUUGAAGCCGUCCUGAUCAGCGUGACAACGGGUCUUGAAGAGGAAUUUAAUGGAAUCAGAGAACCGGUGGUGCGCGUUCUUCGUGCGCUGGAAGAAGAUAUCGACCGCGAUUUGCUGCGCCAUCUCCUGGUCUACUCCAAGAAGCUGGGCACCUUUGAGCAAAAGGCCCGGCUCGUGCGCGAUGCCAUCGAGGAUCUCCUGGAAGCGGACGACGACCUGGCUUCGAUGUAUCUGAGCGAGAGAACCAAUGGUAUCGAACGUGAAGAGGACGAUCACCAGGAAGUCGAAAUGCUGCUGGAAUCCUAUCACAAAGUAUGCGAUGAGAUUGUCCAGAUGAGCGGCAAUCUGGUCACUGGCAUUCGCAAUACCGAAGAAGUCGUGAAAGCCAUCCUGGAUGCCAACCGCAACUCGCUCAUGCUCCUCGAUCUGAAAGUCAGCAUUGGUACCCUUGGGCUCGCGACGGGGACCCUAGUCUCGGCGCUGUACGGGAUGAAUCUGACGAACUUCAUCGAGGAGUCGAACCUGGGGUUCGGCGUCGUCUCUGCUGUUUGCUUCGCCGUCACUGCCGUUGUCUGCGUGUACGGCCUGGCGAAGCUGCGGAAGCUCCAACGCGUGCGUAUGUGGGGGGAAGCCGGCGUCGGCGGCGCCGGCGCGCCAAUGAGCAAUUUUGCGGACCGGAAUAGCCUCCGCCGGUCGAACUGGCGUGCAGACUCGAUCGACCAGGUCUGGAGCGGGUUACCGGGUGAAGGCCGCAUGGACCGACUGAAACGGCUGCGUGAGAAACCUACGACCACCACCACUACCACCACCACCACAGGCGCUGUCGGGGCUCGCCAGGCUGCAUUUGACCCGGCGGCGCCAAAGUCAGCCGCAACACCAAAGGAGUUUGUGAAGGACAAGGCUGCACCUGAAGAGGCCGUUGGCGCGUAGUGUCUCCUGUUUUUUUUUUUUUUUUUU